AUGUCAUCAAGAGCUCUGAGAAGACUUCGAAAGGAUCAAGUUCCUGAUAUUGUCAACAAGGCUGAAAGCGAACAGGAGGAAGAGGAAGAAGAAGAAGAAGAAGAGUAUGUUCAAAAGAAGCCCUUUAACCCUUUUGAUUUGUUGAUUGGUGACGAUGAUCAAGAGGAAGAAGAGGAUGAGGAUGAGGAAGAAGAAAUUAUUCCUGAACCUGUUGUUGUAAAACCUGUUGUGGAAAAGAAGAAGAAUAACAACAAUAAGACUAGUUCUCCCUCCAAAAAGAAGGAUACCGAGGAUAUCAGCAUGAGGGAAUUAGACAAAGUCCUGAAAGAGAUAAACAAAAAGACGCCUAAAGCCAAUAAGGAUAACAAGGAUGCCAACACCGAAGAGCGUCGACAAUUAUUAUCUGUCAACUACCGAUUUUUGGACGCAGAGGCAGAAAUGAAACGAUUAUUUGGAUCUCACGUUGUAAAUAGUGAAAACCGUGCCACACAAGGUCGUGUAUUGAAAAAAUCAAAGUUUGCCUCUCCUAAGAGUGAUUGGGCGCCUUACAAACGAGAUGGAUUAUCUAUGGAAAGUGUAGAGACAAAAGAUGGCAUUACGUAUUAUGCAUUUCGUCAUUCCGAACAGUAUCAGGAUACACAACUAGAGUUUUUGAAUGCAAUUGCUACACACAACCCCGAAGCCUUGUUGUUUUUGACAAGAAAACAUCCUUACCAUGUUGACAGUUUGCUUCAGCUUUCUGAAAUCGCAAAGCAAAGUGGAGAUUGGACAGCUGCAGGUGAUUUUAUCGAAAGAGCAUUGUAUGCCUGUGAAAGAGCUCUUCAUCCUCAAUUCUCUCUCAGUACCGGUACUGCCAGAUUAUCUUAUAAAAGAUCCGAAAACAGAUCAUUCUUUUUAGCAAUCUUCCGUCAAAUUCAAUUCUUGACACGUCGUGGAUGUUGGAAAACUGCAUCUGAAUUCAACAAAUUACUGUUUAGUCUGGAUCCUGUUUCUGACCCAUUGGGUGCUCUUUUAUCAUUAGAUUAUCAUGCCCUUUCUGCCAAGGAUUAUGAUUAUGUUGUUAAGAUGCAUAAGGAAUGGAAGACAGACGGUAAACUGUAUCCUGUGGAUCUAGCCAAUAUGCCCAAUUUUGCUUAUUCUGCUGCUUACGCUAAAUUCAAAAUUGCGGAAAAGGCCAAAUCUACACAAGAAGAGAGUGGAAAGAUGAUUCAAGAAGCCAUCAAAAAAUAUCCUCUUGUUUACUGUCGCUUACUCGAAAAAUUAGGUGAACCUGAAGUACCACAAAGUCAUACCUUGACUCAAUUUAUUCCCAAUGCAUAUAUGGAUAUCAUGCAAUUAUCUUAUAUUGAGCGCACCCACGAAAUGUGGAAGGAACCUGAAGUGCUCGAAUGGCUCAAGAUAAACGGUGAUCUUUGCUUGGAUUAUACGGUAUCACAUCCUAACGUAAUUCAACAAAAGUUAUUGUGUGAACAAAAGAACGAGAUUCCUCUCAGUGUGUGUCGUUACAUUGUCUUGAUUGAUAUUCAAAAGCUGAUGUCUUACUUGCCAUCCAGUGUGACAAGUCAGAGUUAUCAAAUGUAUGAUCCUUUACCUCCCGUUGAUUCUGAGACAAUGUAUGAUAUCAAUGAACGUAUGCGUACCCGUGGUCCAGGAGGGGCUGGUAUUCCUGAUGGGUUAAGAAAUAUGUUACAAGGUAUCUUGGGACGUAAUGUACCAUUGCCUGAUAUGACACGGGAAGAUAUACAACGCAUGAUUAGCGAGCUGGAAAGAGCUCGUGAAGAGAGACGGGAUCAAGUUCCUGGUGCUUUCCCCGGUGCUGAAGAUGAUUAUGCGGGGGAUUAUGAUGAUGUGCAAGGUGAUUACCCUGAUCUCUUACAACAUGAAGAGGAAGAGGAAGAGGAAGAAGAGGACAACCACGAACUCAAUCAUAUUGAAAAUGAAAUGUUACAAAACUCCGGAAUGACUGCAGAAGAAAUGAUGGAGAUUAUGCACGCUGUUGGUGACGAAGAUUUAGAAGUCCAACGAGCAUUAGCUGAAGCUUUCGAAAGAAACCACCAUAAUUAA